ACAACAUAACAGGCAUGGAAAACAUUAGCGAGGCUUUAUGGUAAUCGCUCUCGCAGUUGGGUGAUCAUUUUAAAAGAACGUCUCCAAAACAUGAGACGUGAUAGCCGGUCAGUUGUAGACUAUUUGAGAGAUCUCAAAAUUGUUGCUGAUGAAUUGGGAACCAUUGAUCGUCCACUCAACGAUGAUGAUUGUAUAGUUUACAUUCUUAAUGGCCUUAGCCUUGAGUUUCGGGAGAUUGCAGCUUCUCUUCAAGCACGGGACUCCUCUCUUUCCUUCGAUGACUUGCAUGAUAGAUUGGUUGCUCAUGAAGAAAUUCUCAAACGAGAAGAAGCCCGUCCUGAGAUCACACCAGUGACAACUCAUUAUGCUGCUACUUCCAUUAAUUCCAGUACUGAUUCCUUUUCUUUAUUGAGUGCAGGUAACUCUAAUUCUUCUCUUGGUUGCCACCUUCCACAAGCAUUCUGUGGCAAUCAGAAUGGGCAGAACUCUUCCAAUCGUGGCAAUCAAAACCAGUGUCGUAAUUUUGGACCCAAACCCACAACUCAGCCCCCUAAUUUAGGUUGCCAACUGUGUGGUCAUGUAGGCCACUUUGCUCGAAAUUGCCCCAGCUACUGUGUGCAAGCUUUCAGGCCCAUGGAAAAUUUGGUCUUCUCCUCUACUACUUCUUCUUAGGACUACCUAUUGGAUUCUGCUGCCAACAACUGUGUGACCAUUGACUUGGCUAACUUGGCACUUCAUUUUGAAUACAAUGGUCCUGAUGAA